AUGUCAGCAAGUACAGAAGCAAGCGCAAUCAUAGAAUUUUUUAAACGAAAAUCAAUAUUUAUUACUGGUGCAACUGGCUUUAUUGGAAAACAAUUAGUUGAAAAACUUGUUCGAUCAUGUCCAGAUAUUGAACAUAUUUAUCUUCUUAUUCGACCAAAACGAGGUCGUAAUGUAAAUGAUCGAUUAAAAGAAUUAUUAGAAAGUCCUUUAUUUAAUACUGCACGAACUAUUAAUCCAAAUUUUGAAAAAAAGAUAAUUGCUUUACAAGGUGAUAUACUUGAUCCAAAUCUUGGUCUUAAUGCAACAGAUGAAUGUACAUUAAUUGAAAAUUGUCAUAUUGUUUUUCAUUCUGCAGCAACUGUUCGUUUUCAUGAACCACUUCGACUAGCCGUUCAAAUGAAUGUUGCAUCAGUUAUAAAAAUACUUGCUCUAUGUCAUAAAAUGAAAAAAUUACAAUCUGUGGUUCAUGUAUCAACAGCCUAUGCUAAUUGUAAUCGUAAUGAUGUUGCUGAAAUGAUUUAUCCACCACCUAUUCAACCAUCAAAAUUAUUAGAUGCUAGUGAAUGGAUGGAUGAUCAAGUAUUAGAUGUUUUAACAAAUAAAAUAAUUAAUGAUAGACCAAAUACAUAUACAUUUACAAAAGCACUUGCUGAAUAUGUUAUAUCACAAGAAUCAGCAGAUCUUCCAAUAGCUAUUAUACGUCCAUCAAUUGUUGGUUGUACAUGGCGUGAACCAAUGCCUGGUUGGAUUGAUAAUUAUAAUGGUGCCAGUGGAUUAAUAGUUGCAACAAGUAAAGGUUUGCUUCGAGCAAUGAUAGGUAGUAAUCAAGCAACAGCUGAUAUUAUUCCAGUUGAUAUUUGCGUAAAUAUGAUGAUUGCUAUCGCAUGGCAUACAGGAAUAAAAAAUCCGAAGACUAUUCCAGUAUAUCAUUGUUGUACUGGUCAUUUGGGUACAUUAACAUGGGGUAAAAUUCUUGAACAUGGCUUGGGUCAUCUUGAUACAAUAUGUAUGGAGAAUGCAAUUAGUUUUCCGCAUUUACAAUUUACUGAAAAUCGAUUUCGAUAUUUUUAUCUUCGAUUUUUACAAGAAGUACUUCCUGCAUUUAUACUUGAUUGUUAUAUGCGUUUAAUUGGUCGAAAACCAAUUUUUUCCAAAAUCUGUGAUAAAAUUUAUAAAAAUGUCCGAACACUUGAUUUUUUUACUACGCACUCAUGGGUUUUUCCGAAUGAUAAUAGUAUUCUUUUACAAAAUGAAAUGAGCGAUGUUGAUCAACAAAUAUUUAAUUUUGAUGUAAAAGACCUUGAUUGGUCUCAAUAUUGGCGUAUUUAUUGUUUGGGUGCUAAACAAUAUUUACUCCGUGAGGAUCUUGCUCAUAUGCCGCAAUGUCGUAAACGAAAUCAAAGAUUAAAACGUUUACAAAAUUUUCUUUGGUUUACUUCAAUUGCACUUAUUGUUAAACUUGUCUUCUUUAAAUCAUUCAAAUUUCAUCGAAUAUUAAUUGUUUUUCUACGUUUAAUUAUUUCCGUCCUGUCGACAAUUACGACAAAAAUUGGUGUUAAUAAAAAAUAG